AUGACUGGGCACGAACCAGCAGACAUAACACACCGCCCGUCUGUAUCCCCCCCGAUAUCAAGUGGUGCUUCGUCCUCCUCGGAGUCGGACUUUCCGCAGCCUACCUCCCCUCGGCCAGCGUCGCGACGAACGCGGAUGGAAAGACCUCGACUGGGUGACAGACAGAGAUCCAACACCAUUAUUGUACCCAAGGGUCGAGACGUUGUUCAACGAGAAAGGCCCGAAUACCCUCCGGAUGACGCCCGAGCAAUGAGUCCACGACGCAACAGUGAGGACAUUGAGAGGAUAGAGCGUGGUCUUCGCGAGACGUUGAAAGAACAAGCGCGAAACCUACAGUCCUCACUCGCCGCACUGGCGGAAAAGAUCGAUGAGGUCAAGAAUGAUCACGACAAGCUCGAGACCGAGAACCGCUUCCUGCAGGAUUACAUCGGUGGCUUGACAAGAACAAUGUCGAGAGACAAUCUCGGCCGAAGUGCAAGCACCAGCAGCAAGAAGAAGGGCAAACGAUGA